AUGACGGCUUAUAAUGUAUUGUAUAUAAAGAGCUAUGAAAACAAGAAGUGCUCUCUCGAUGUUCUGAACUGUGUCAAUCAUAUUCAGAAAUCAUUAGAUCGUGAGGUGGCUCUUAAAGGUCCUGAUUAUUUAGCUGGAUUGUUUCGUCUAACUCCUCAGGUACAAUCGAGGGGUUUUGAAGCCAAACAACUAAAACGGAAAACAUCUAACGAGUCAAUACAACAUAAUGAAAGUCACACGACCUUUCAUCGUGAUUUUCCGUCCAUAUCUGAUGGCCCGAAUUCCCAAGAAUCCUUACAAAUCAUUUCUCCUGAGGUUCAAAAUGUAUUCAAUGGAAAGAAUCCAUUAUGUAUUAUUACACAAAUUGAUAGACAGUUAUCAUGUGCUAAAACAAUCAGAUCUGAAUUUCAUCAGCAAGCAUCAACAUCUAAUUCUAUAUAUGAGAAUAGAGAUUAUACAAAUAGUUGUCAUUCUUUAUUAUCAAUAUCUAGGAACAGAGAAAUUAGUGAUAUUGCACCAUCAGUUUUAAAGUAGUAUUGUAGUGAAGGAGUACACAAUUGGGGACAACCGAAUUGUAUUAAGUACAAAAUUACAGAGUGAAUUGGUAAAAUAGAAAACCACAUAGAAAAUCGUCAAUUUGCAAAAUAUCAAUCCAUCAUAUCAAACUGGACUGUUCCUGUUGCAAACAUCAAUCCAUUGUCUCAAAUUUCAUUGUUCAUGCGUUUUCAUACGAAUUGCAUUGUGUUCCCGUUCUUCCUUUCUUGAUCGUCCCACAUCUUCUGCUGCCAGACAUUACGUUUUUAAAACGCGUCAUAUACUACUUAUAUUAAUAUUAAGUAGCACGCACCACAGUAUUACUAGCAAUUUCAAUGAGUAUGUUGUAGCGCAAGCACAUUGUAUUUACGUACACUUAUAACAUUGUAUUUAUCAAGAAGAAUAGUUUCUUUCAAUCAAUACAGUACUAAUUCUCAA